UAAGAAUUACGGCGAAAAAAAAAUUAUUAAACAACGAAAUUUCGAAAAAAACUUAAACAGCUACUGAAGCCAGAUAUUCCGGAAAUAAAAAUGAAAAUUGCACGAAUAGAUAAAUGAAUAAUCAAUUCACAGAACAGAAAUAAUAACCAAGAAAAAAAGCGAUAAUAGUAGGGGUAAAAUGAUUUCAAAUAAAAAUAAAAGAUAAUUAAGGAUGAUCAAUACAUUAGUUCUAUAAUAAAGUGAAACACAAUAAUGGACUUUGAUUUCAAGUACACGCAACAACCUCUCAGCGGCCUUCGAUCUCAAUUGAUGCGUUGGAUUUAUCAUUUUAGACCUAAAAAAACUCGCUCGGUUACUAUUUAUCUAAUCUAAUCGUGCAUCAACAUUCUAAAAUAAUUUAUUCGGAAUCAACCAUCUCAGCUAAGCGCCCACAUCACCGAAAAAAUCGUUGACCGCCGGAUCAUUCCCAACUAACAAAGAAUUGACAACAAUAAACAAUAGAGCCAUGGAAGUUUUGAUGAACGAAGCCGCAAAUGCACCCCAAACUUCCCCCGAUAGAACUGAUUCACAAUCAAGAUUCGAUAAUUCCAACCCGGAUAAUUGCUUCGGCAAUGAGGAGUCUUCUUUACGGAAGAUGACUAAAGAACACCAGUCAGCUGACAUUUCUUUUGAAAACCUUCGCUACAAGGUUUCGAUUGGAUUCCGUCGGGGAACGAAAGAAAUUCUUCAUGGAAUAAACGGAAGAUUGCCGGCAAAACAACUUAUCGCUAUCAUGGGUCCAUCCGGAGCUGGAAAAUCUACAUUGCUUGACAUCCUUUCCGGUUAUAGAUUAACUGGGAUUCAAGGAACUAUUAAAGUUAAUGGCGACAUACGUGAUCUCGAUACAUUCAGAAGAACUAGUGCCUAUAUUACUCAAGAUGAUCGCCUCCAACCUUUACUAACUGUGUUGGAAAACAUGUGGGUGGCUGCCGAUUUGAAAUUAGGAACUAAUAUUACCAAGGAGACUAAACUGUCAAUUAUUGAAGAAAUAUUACUUACUCUGGGAUUAAGCGAUCAUCUUAAUACUAGAUCGGAUAGGUUGAGCGGUGGCCAGAAGAAAAGACUGUCGAUAGCAUUGGAAUUAGUCAAUGACCCUACUGUGAUGUUUUUAGAUGAACCUACUACAGGAUUAGAUAGUUCAACAUGUAUGCAAGUAGUUAAUUUAUUGAAAUUACUAGCCAGGCAAAAUCGAACGAUCGUUUGCACGAUUCAUCAACCGAGCGCUUCGCUGUUCCAGCUUUUUGACCACGUACUAAUACUAGCCAAAGGUACAUGCUUGUACCAAGGAGCAACAGGUCAAUUAAUUCCAUUUCUGGAGAGCGUUAAGCUUCCAUGUCCAAUGUAUCAUAAUCCGGCGGAUUACGUUAUUGAAUUGGCUUGCGGUGAAUACGGUGAUGAUAAAAUUGAAACUCUGGUGAAUGCAAACCAAAACGGGAAGAAUGCUCAGUGGUUUAGCAACACCAUCCCCGCGAUUGAAGAGCUAAAAAAGGAUAAAGCUAAUGGAAUCAAGCGUGGAUAUAUUUUUAAGAAGAAAUUAUCUUUGCAAGCUACUUCGCAGCUUCAUCAGCUGAAAGUUCUUCUCUAUCGCGGAUGUAUCAAGUGUAAGCGUGACUCGACUUUGACGCAUUUGCGUAUCAUCGUAAAUAUCUUCACCGGAAUAAUGCUUGGUACGCUAUUUAUACAAGCCGGUAACGAAGGGUCUAGAGUAUUGGAAAACUAUAAUCUUCUUUUCGCUAUUUUGAUGCAUCAUAUGAUGACUUCCAUGAUGUUGACUAUUCUUACUUUUCCCGCGGAGCUCAACAUCUUGAAGAAAGAACAUUUCAACCGAUGGUACACUUUAAAAAUGUUCUAUUUGUCAAUAACAAUAAUAGACAUUCCAGUGACAUUUAUAUGCUGCUUAUUAUUCUCUGUGAUUAUUUAUUUAAUGUCUGGGCAGUUAUUGGAAUUCCAAAGGUUUAGCAUGUUCUUUACGAUAAGUCUAAUGGUUGUUUUUGUUGCUCAAAGCUUCGGUCUAAUGAUUGGAGCUGUUUUUAAUGUUGUUAAUGGAACAUUUGCUGGGCCAACAUUGUCGGUACCGAUGAUGAUGUUCGCCGGGUUUGGAGUGACUUUGCGCGACCUACCAUAUUAUUUAAAAUGGGGUACUUACGUAAGUUAUUUACGAUACGGUCUCGAAGGCUACAUUGCUGCAAUAUACGGCCAAAAUCGGAAAGAUCUUGAAUGCGUUGAAAUUUACUGCCACUACAAAAAACCUAAAACCUUUUUAAAGGACAUCGCAAUGCGAGAUGAUCAAUUUUGGAACGACGUUAUUGCUCUCUUAGGAAUGCUCAUUAUCACUCGAACUUUCGCUUACUACCUUCUCAGAUGGAAAUUAAUAUCUUCUCGAUAGUUAAUUACAUUUAAUAUUUAUUUUAAGUUAAUAGUUAAUUGUUAAUCAAAAAAGAAAUGGAUUACCUCAAUUUAAAUCACCAGUUUUCUAAAAAAAAAAACUCGUGAGAAAGAUACUCAUAAAUAACUAUAUAAAAAAUAAUGAUUUAUUUUUGUUUCUUAAGUAUUAUUAAAGGUUUUUUGCUUAAAAAAAUAUAAACGGAAUAAAUAUGUAUAAAUUGUUAAUAGUUUAAAUUGUAUAAUAAAAUUAAUAUCAAUGACCAUCAUGUUAUUUGAGAACGUUAGCGAUCCGCCAUCUUAAAAUCAUGUAAAUAAACGCGUGAAGAAAAACAAUCCAGCCGCAUAGUAUGCAAAUUAUUAUCGGAAAAGUUGUCGAAGGCAUGUCCAUGUACGACAAAAUAAAUUUUGGCUUGCGGAGGAUGCAAAAAUCAGCGUUACAAUUCACUACAGCCCGAUCAUUGCCGUAAACAGCUUGCAUUAUUCCCUCGAAAGCGUAGCGGUAAAAACUUAUUGCCGAUAUGGGAUAAAAGUAUGAAGACAUCUCGGAGAAUUUGAUGAAAAAACCCGCGAAUAAUAAAAAAGGAAUGUUCAGAGCUGGCACGAUAAAACAACCAAUCUGGGGUUCGAAUAUUGCACCUGCGAGAACUCCAAAUGAUUGGGCUAACAUCGAUAUCAGGAAGCAUAUUAUCCAUACCUUCAUGAACCUGUCCCAUUCCAAGGGCUGUCCAGUCAACCAGUAAGCUGUUAUUAAGAAACAUGUCGGGCAAAGUAU